CCAGGUGGGGCGGUGCGGAGCGGAGGAGGCUGUUUCGGAGGGUGCCGCCGCUUCUGAUGGAUGUUUUGUGUGUGUUUGCCUCCGCUCCCGGGUUCUCUUUCAUGUGUGGACGCGUCUGGCUCGAGCUCUGUUAAACUAUCUGCCUUCUGGUACCGGCCGUAGAUAACAGAAAGAAACCUGAGCCCGAAAGGCAAUUCCCCACCUUCUUCCACCUAACGUGACCUUCUCGGGCGCCUUUGAAGAGGCAUUUCAUCUUUAAGGGCUGGCUGCUCGCGCACACUUUUAUACCCACCGAAGCCAUCAAGAAACCAUGUUGCGUGGGGGAAGAAGUGCGUUUCUGUGCCUUGGAAUGAUCUUGAGCGUUUGGAGCUCCGUGACUUGGAUGCCUGUUGGAGGAUGCCCGCAUAAAUGUACCUGUAUUGCUUCCAACGUGGAUUGUCAUGGACUGGGACUCAAAACUGUACCGAGGGAUAUUCCCAGGAACGCGGAGAGACUUGAUCUAGAAAAAAACAAUAUCACAAGGAUCACGAAGACGGACUUCACGGGGCUGAAGAACCUUCGUGUCUUGCACUUGGAAGAAAAUCAGAUUAGCGUGAUAGAACGUGGAGCUUUUCAGGAUCUGAAACAACUGGAAAGGCUGCGUUUGAACAAGAAUAAAUUGCAAGUCCUUCCAGAGCUGCUUUUUCAGAACACACAGAAGUUAACUAGACUGGACCUGAGUGAAAACCAGAUAAAAGGAAUCCCUAGAAAAGCCUUUCGAGGAAUCAUCGAUGUGAAGAACUUGCAACUGGACAACAACCAGAUCAGCUGCAUCGAAGAUGGAGCCUUCCGAGCCCUGCGCGACCUGGAGAUCCUUACCCUCAACAACAACAACAUCACCCGCAUUCCUGUUACCAGUUUCAAUCACAUGCCAAAGAUCAGGACUCUGCGGCUCCACUCCAACUUCCUGCACUGUGACUGUCACCUGGCCUGGCUGUCGGACUGGCUGCGGCAGCGCCGCACCAUCGGCCAGUUCACCUUCUGCCUGGCCCCCGUCAGCCUCAGGGGCUUCCUGGUGGCAGAGGUGCAGAAGAAGGACUUUGUCUGCUCUGGUUCCCAGCCUGAACCUCCCUCGUGCAGUGCCAGUUCCAUCACCUGCCCAUCUGCCUGCACCUGCAGCAACAAUGUAGUGGAUUGUCGAGGAAGGGGCUUAACAGAAAUCCCAGCUAACCUGCCAGAGGACAUUUGGGAAAUACGUUUGGAACAAAACCUCAUCAAAAUCAUUCCCCCUGGAGCUUUCACCCAGUACAAGAAGCUUAAGAGAAUAGACAUCAGCAAGAACCAAAUAACUGACAUUGCGCCCGACGCAUUCAAAGGCUUGAAAUCUCUCAUUUCUUUAGUGCUCUAUGGAAACAAGAUCACGGAGAUUCCCCAGGGCCUUUUUGAUGAUCUUGUGUCUCUGCAGCUGCUGCUUCUCAAUGCCAAUAAGAUCAACUGCCUGAGGGUGAACACGUUCCAAGGUCUGCAUAAUCUCAAACUGCUAUCUCUUUAUGACAACAAACUGCAGACCAUCAGCAAGGGGCUCUUUGCACCUCUGCGAUCGAUCCAGACUCUACAUUUAGCUCAGAACCCAUUUGUGUGCGACUGCCAUCUGAAGUGGCUGGCUGAUUACCUGCAGGAUAAUCCGAUCGAGACGAGCGGCGCUCGGUGCAGCAAUCCCCGUCGCCUUGCCAACAAACGCAUCAGCCAGAUCAAGAGCAAGAAGUUCCGCUGCUCAGGGUCAGAGGAUUACAGAAGUAAAUUCACCGGGAAGUGCUUCAUGGACCUCGUGUGUCCCGAGAAGUGUCGCUGCGAGGGGACAAUCGUGGACUGCUCCAACCAGAAACUCACCCGGCUGCCCGGCCACCUCCCCGAGUACACCACUGACCUGCGCCUGAAUGACAAUGACAUUGCUGUUUUGGAAGCCAUUGGACUCUUCAAGAAACUGCCCAACCUCAGGAAAAUAAACCUCAGCAACAACAAGAUCAAGGAGAUCCGAGAAGGUGCAUUUGAUGGAGCUUCGGGAGUGCAGGAACUAAUUCUGACAGAGAACCAGCUGGAAUCAGUGCACGGGAGGAUGUUCAGAGGCCUCACAGGGCUCAAGACCUUGAUGCUGAGGAGCAACUCUAUCAGCUGUAUAAACAACGACACCUUUGCUGGCCUGAGCUCAGUGAGGCUCCUUUCUCUGUAUGACAAUCACAUCAGCACUAUCACCCCUGGAGCCUUCAGCACGUUGGUCUCCUUGUCUACAAUUAAUUUGCUGGCCAACUCCUUUAACUGUAACUGCCAUUUGGCCUGGCUGGGAAAAUGGCUGAGAAAGAAGAGAAUUGUCAGUGGAAAUCCACGCUGCUUGAAACCCUUUUUCUUAAAGGAUAUUCCAAUCCAAGAUGUAGAUGUCCAGGACUUCACCUGUGACGGUAAUGAUGAGAGCAGCUGCUUGCUUUCACCUCCUUGUCCUUCCCAGUGUACCUGUGUGGACUCCGUGGUUCGCUGCAGCAACAAAGGGCUGCGGAUGUUGCCCAAAGGAAUUCCCAAGGACGUGACUGAGCUAUACUUGGAAGGAAAUCAUCUGCCUGCUGUGCCAAAGGGGCUCUCUGCCUUCAGACACCUGACACUGAUCGAUUUGAGCAACAACAGCAUCAGUGUGUUGGCCAAUCACACCUUCAGCAACAUGACCCAGUUAUCAACCCUCAUCCUGAGUUACAACCGACUUCGCUGCAUCCCCGUCCACGCCUUCAACGGGCUCCGCUCCCUGCGAGUGCUGACACUCCAUGGAAACGAUAUUUCCAGUGUUCCUGAAGGUUCCUUCAAUGACCUGGUAUCCCUGUCCCAUCUGGCCCUGGGCACCAACCCCCUGCACUGCGACUGCCACCUGCGCUGGCUCUCGGAGUGGGUGAAGUUGGGGUACAAGGAGCCCGGCAUCGCCCGCUGCAGCGGCCCCGAGGCCAUGGUGGACAGGCUGCUGCUCACCACCCCCACCCACCACUUCCAGUGCAAAGAGCCAGCAGAUCUCAGUGUUGUGUCCAAGUGCAACCCCUGCCUCUCCAACCCGUGUAAGAACAACGGGACGUGCAGCAGUGACCCAGUGGAGCUUUAUCAAUGCACUUGCCCUUUUGGUUUCAAGGGUCGAGACUGCAGUGUGCCCAUUAAUUCUUGCAUUCAAAACCCAUGUCAGAAUGGAGGGACCUGCCACCUCACCGAGGCAAAUAAAGAUGGAUUCAGCUGCUCUUGUCUCCUUGGGUAUGAGGGGGAGAGGUGUGAAAUAAACCCAGAUGACUGUGAGGAUAAUGACUGCGAGAAUAACUCUACGUGUGUGGAUGGGAUCAACAACUAUGUUUGUCUCUGCCCUCCUAAUUACACAGGUGAACUGUGUGAUGAGGUGAUCAACCACUGUGUUCCUGACCUAAACCCCUGCCAGCAUGAGUCCAAAUGUGUUCCCCUUGACAAAGGAACCAGAUGCGAGUGCCUGCCGGGUUACAGCGGCAAGCACUGCGAGAUCGAUGAUGAUGACUGCGUGGGCCACAAGUGUCGUCACGGAGCCGUGUGUGUGGAUGCUGUCAAUGGCUACACCUGUGUCUGUCCCCAGGGCUUCAGUGGACUUUUCUGUGAAACCCCUCCGCCCAUGGUCCUGCUGCAGACGAGCCCCUGUGACAACUACGAGUGCCAGAACGGGGCCCAGUGCAUCGUCGCCCACCACGAGCCCGUGUGCCGCUGCCUCGCCGGCUUCGCGGGCCAGAGGUGUGAGAAGCUCAUCACGGUCAACUUCGUGGGGAAGGACUCCUACGUGGAGCUGCCAUCAGCCAAAAUCCGCCCUCAGGCCAACAUCUCCCUGCAGGUAGCCACGGACAAGGACAAUGGCAUCUUAUUAUACAAAGGUGACAACGAUCCUUUGGCUCUGGAGUUGUACCAAGGACACGUGAGGCUCAUCUAUGACACACUGACUUCCCCACCUACCACAGUAUACAGUGUGGAAACAGUAAAUGAUGGGCAGUUUCACAGUGUGGAACUCGUGAUGCUGAACCAAACUCUGAACCUGGUGGUGGACAAGGGGGCUCCCAAGAGUCUGGGAAAACUCCAGAAACAGUCUUCUGUCAGCCUCAACACACCCCUCUACAUUGGAGGGAUCCCAACCUCUACUGGACUAUCUCCCCUGCGCCAGGGUGCAGAUAAGACACCGAACGGUUUCCAUGGAUGUAUCCACGAUGUCCGCAUCAACAACGAGCUGCAGGAUUUCAAGGAUUUGCCACAGCAGUCACUGGGAGUCCUUCCUGGCUGCAAGUCCUGUAACAUCUGCAAGCACGGGAUCUGCCGGUCCCUGGAGAAAACGAGUGUGAUUUGUGAGUGUCACCCGGGCUGGAUGGGCCCCCUGUGUGACCAGGAAAUUGGAGACCCAUGUCUUAACCACAAGUGUCUGCACGGUAAGUGCGUGGCAGCCAACGUUGCUUACACCUGUAAGUGCAUGGAGGGCUACACGGGCAUGUACUGUGACAAGAAGAACAAUUCCUCAAAUCCCUGCAGGACUUUGAAAUGCAGCCACGGGCAGUGUAAAGUUUCGGAGCACGGGGAGCCCUUCUGCGAAUGCGACCCCAACUACAGCGGAGAGCUCUGUGACAGAGAGAAUCUCUGCCAAGGAGACAUCAUUCGAGAAGUAGUCAGGAAGCAGCAGGGCUACACAUCCUGUGCCACUGCCACCAAAGUGCCCCGCCUGGAAUGCCGUGGCAGCUGUGGGAGCGGGCAGUGCUGCAUCCCCCUCCGGAGCAAACGGCGGAAAUACUUCUUCCAGUGCGUGGAUGGCUCCACCUUCACAGAAGAACUGGAGAGACACGUGGAAUGCGGCUGCUCAAAAUGCUUAUAAAGCCAUUCUCCAGUCUCCUGCCACUUUAAUCGACUCAGAAGCGCUAUCAAAACGGGACCUAUUUACUUGCAGAGUGAAGAAGAAGAAAAGAAUUAUUAAGUAUAUUGUAAAAUAAGCAAAAAAUAGAACUUAUUUUUAUUAUGGAAAGUGACUAUUUUCAUCUUUUAUUAUAUAAAGUAUCGCACCACUUUGGGUAUAUGUAUCAUAUAGUGAGCUAUUUUUACCAUGAAACUUUUUUAACAGUUGUAAGAAAAAAAAUUUCAAAAGUUAAAAGGUAAAAAAAAAUAAAUAUAUAUAUAUAUAUAUAUAUAUAAAGAAAACAUAGCCUAACAGGAGGAGUGUGGGGUGACUUUAUAUGUAUGCACAAUGAACAAACACAAAGGUGUUCCAAGGACCCACUGCCGAACUGAUACGGGCUGAAGAAAUCUCCUGGUUGGGUCUCCCAGGCGAGUGGAUCCCUGAGACCAACUGCAGCCAUCUGCCUGCUCUGGCACCCGGAGAGCCUCCCCUCAGCCCCUUGCUCUGCCCAACACUGCCAACCUUGGUUUGCUCCUGUACAGUGGCCCCGCUUGCUGUUCGUGAACUUGUUCCCCAGAGCACACAGGCACUGCCGUAGCUGGAGGCUGAUUACAUUAUUUGACUAUUGUAGUACUAUAAUACAUUUUUUUGCUGUGUAUGUUGUAUUUAUCUGUGUUCACGUUAUAUUCUUGAGCAACUGUAUCUAUAGAGCACAGGCAGCUUUAUCCAAAAGAAGGGUGCGAAGGGAAAAGGAAGCGGGGGAAAUUUAUGUUGCUUUGGGUAAUUUGGGGGCAAAAUGUGAAAAUAAGUGCUAAGUGAUGCCUAAUAAAUGACACAGUACUUUUGUGUAAACUCCUCAGCUAUGUUAUUUCCCAAGUUUGUGCCUUCUUGCUCCCAGCCUUGAGCCCUUUUUUGUAUAUGAAAUAUAAGGAAUGCACUGCUACAUAGUUUGUCACACCUUGACACUUUAAAUUGCAAAGGUUGUAAAGAGCAUGAAAAUACUGCAGGUGCCAGAAACGCACCUGCAACGUAUCAGCUUUUACUCCCGCUGUCACUUGAGCCAUGGGUGUGAGCUGGGCUGUCGCUGCUGUUCAUCCACACUCUGGCCCUGAGCAGAUGGCUGCUUUCCCACAGCUUUUUAAACGAGCAGAAGUUGCACUAUGUCCAUGUGAAGUAUCCAGCCGACAUCUGUCCGCCUCAGCAGCGUCCUCUGCUCUGCACAAGGAGAGGUGCCACAGCCCCAUCCAGCGCGGACCGACCGGCUCAGCCAGAGCUCCUCCCUCUGCACCGCUCUGUGUCCGGCACUCCUGUCUCCCGAAGGACCCCCCUUCACUCGAGCUGUGUUCAGACCAACUGCUGACUAGGAAAUGGAAGUCAACGCAGGGAUAAAUUCUCACUGUGCAUGUGAGGCAAAAAUUGACUCUGGGAGUGAGUUUGGUUUUUGAAGGGUUUUUGUCAGGGCUGCCUUUUCAGGCUCAGUACAUACGUGCAGAGAGCACCGUGGAUACCUUGAAAUUUCUCUUACUGUUAAGUUUCAAACAUCCCCACCAACACCUGUUCCAUUAUCUGUGUCAUUUCUUUCUUUCCCUAAUACAGCAAGUAUUAUGGUCCUUUCUUCAAUUUCUUUCUCUAAGAGAGAGGCUCUGAGCAGAGACCAUAAGGUCCUUCUAGGAAUGCUCACUGGUCCCACUAAAUGGAUUUCAGAUUAGGGGCUUCAGCAAAGGAGGAGUAGGAAAGUUGAAUCAAGAAAAUGGGCUUUGUUUUUGAUUUGGGCUUUGGAAAGAUGCACAGAAUGCAACCCUGCCAUGACAAGUACAAAUGUUUAUUUCCCAUUAAAGCACAGAGAUCAUCUAGCUAUUAUACAGCCAGAGAGCUCUAACAUGUUUAUUCUUCUGCUGUGUCAGUCUCUCCUUAACUGCAGCAGUUCAUUCAUAUUGCUUUGCUAUGAGCAACAUGAGCAGAAGGGACAUAACCAAUGCAAUAGCCAUCUCCCAAAAUAAAUAUCAGUACAUGGAGCUGGCAAUCAGUGAAACAUAAUCACUACAUGAUGUGCCAAACUCUGAUUGAUACAGUACAGCUCAAGAGCCAGAGAAAAACUAACCCUGAUUACAAGUAUUGUGGUGUGGGCUGCUUUUUAUUUUUAAUAUAAUAAGAAGCUCAUAGCAGCUGGGGUCUGUGGUGUACAGCAAAAAACACCUAAACCCACAGCCUACAGGCUUUAAAAAUUUACGCAGAGUAACUGCAACCACUUGUGAAAAUAUGUGCCAGGCACACCACUACCAUUAAUGUUUCAUUCCUGCUUAAAACAUUCUAAAGAAAGAGCUACUGUGGUGCCAGGCAGAGGAAAUCCAGACUGAGCAGUGGCUGACCUAGCUCUUCAGUUUGUAGCCACCAGACUGCCAAGGCUUACAGAAACAAGCCCUCUUGAGCACUGCCCAAACCUAUGUUCACUUUGUCCCUGCAGCAGCAACACGUGUGAGAAGGAGGGUGACAUUUACUGGUGGCCUCGAACCUGCUGGAGGGUGCUUUGAAAGGAAUGACCUGGCAAGGCAAAAGCCAUCAACAUCUUGUUAACACAUCACUCUGGGAUUUACUUAAAGCCUUGCAGCAAAGGGACCAGCAACAACUCAGCAAGGCCCUGUUCCUGGCCCUUUUCUGUCACGGCACUUCAGUGUUAAGAGUUGGGAUAAAGAACUAAGAAUUAUCUAUUUUGUAACCAAAUGAUGCAAUUUUUGUAUGCUUUUAGGCAGCACUUGCCAUUGGAUAGUGAUGCUUUAUGUCCAUGAUUCUCUGACUUGCUAUAGAAUUAUUUUAUGUUAAGAAGAAAAUAAAAAGCAUUCAGAUGUGCCAAAUAUGUGAGGUUAACUGAAGUGUAAUUAGCUCUGAAAGUUCCUCUGUAACCUGCCUAAUGUUACAACAGAUUUCAAGAGCUGCGGGUACAACGCAGUAGUUUUUACCUCUGUAAAGUUUUAAUAUAAAGUGAAGAAAGAUGCUUACCCUUAAAAAAUGGCAAUGCAGACUGGUGUGAACUGAUGUAUUUUAUUAUUAGAUUCUCAUUGUGAUGUAAGUUUAAAUAAAUUGUUGGGUUAUGGAAGAUUGUAA